AUGCACGGCUUCACCCUGAAGCUGAAGUCAGACUCACCUUCCGUUCGUCGCAGCUGUAGAUGCGCAUUCCAAGAUUUCAACAGAGUGUACUUCGAUCAGCAUUUGCUCUUUUCCACAGACAUAUCGAGCAGCUCAUACAAAAAAACACAGAAGAAGCGAAAGAGGGGUCCAGAGGCCGCUGAACCCACAUCAGCAUAUGCCCUGAGGCUUUGCGGCUGCUUCUUGCACACGAGCAUUUUGCCUGGUUUCCUUCCACAACCUACGGUUGUUGCAGCGGAGAGCUUGCUUCGCCAGCGAAGGCAAUGUUUCCUGUUGUCCUCUGUCCUCGUUAGUUUCCCGGGCGCAGCACCUGCAACCGCCACGUCUUCGGGCCUGGUCCUUCCGCUGGAAUUCGAGAGGGGAGCCUUCCUCAGCUUUCAGGUCGGAGAGGCGACCUUUCGAGGGGUUGCGGACACCGGCAGUCCCUUCCUACUUGUGGCCGCUUGCGUGGGCUCUCGUCGGGCAACUGGCCGCUGCAAAGACUACUGCUCCCGAUACGGGUGCAGUCAGAAAGACUUUGGGACACCAUCGGGGCUGGAUGAUAACAUCGUGAGCUUCGCUGGAGGGUAUGCAAGAGCUGUGUGGCGCUGUGGGGAUGUGAAGCUGGGCCAGCGUCUUUUUCCUGGCCGUACCUUUGGCGUACUUGGUGAGACGCAGAGUUUUGGUGGCAACGCGGGUGGGCCCAACUUCGGUCUCAUCAAGUUUGCCACUGCAGAAGAUACUGAGAUCCGACCGACUUUUCUUAGUCAGACGCCCUGCGAAGCUCUAGUUUUCGACUUUACAGACAUGUCCAAUCCUGUGCUGGAGUUGACGGAUGGGUCGCCACAGCAAAGCGAUCGCCAAAACACGACCGAAGCCUUUCUUACCGACUUGAGGCCUUACGGCACGGGCGUACAGUAUUAUGCCGUUGCCGUCGAGAAGUUGUUCGUGGAUGGAGUGGACAUCCUAGAUGCUCGCGCGCCGACGGUUGCCAUUCUGGACACUGGUACAACCGGCCUGGUGUUGCCGAAGUCGCUGUUCUUGUCGUUUGACGCCGUUCGACGAGUCAGUGCUCAAAAUGUCGGCAUCAAGCGUGCAGGCAACGUAGAAGUUCGACUGAUGCCGGUUCCAGGCAGUGAGGGUGGCGCAUCUCUGAAUCUGCGCCGAGGGCGCAUCGCCGGCUUGGAUGCAUCUCUUGACAUCGUAACUCCCCUUGCCGAAGAUGCUGGCAGUGUUUUCCUGAGGGCCGAGAUGCGAGAGAUGCAGGAAAAGCAGACUUUCAAAAUCAAGAAGAAGGUCGAAAGACCAGCUGUCAUUUUUCUGGGCUUGGGAUUCUUCGCCGGACUGCGAUGCUUGGUAGCAAGCAUUGCCCUGGAUUUGGUUUAUGCUCUUGGUUCGGCAUCGGACCGCUUAUUGUGUCAAGAACAUUGCCUCUGCAUAAGGAAUGCGCAUUGA